AUGACGACGGGCGUCAUGCGAAACCUCCUGCUGCGGGUGCCAUCACCAGCCUACUUCCCCCCAGAGGAGGAUGAAGAGGAUGACGAGGAUGACAAGGGGUCCACAGAUGACGAUGAGGAGGAUGAGUGUCCGGACCCCCAGCUGUCGGACCCCCAGGACGUGACCGAGCGUCUUCUGAGGUUCGCCGACAUCAUCAGCCGCGACGUCCGCCGAUACUUUGGCAGGCGGGAGGCCCGGGACGUCUACGAAGAGAGCGCUGGUUCCGUUGGGCCCACCGGGGGGCGUCUGGGUUAUGACGACCUGCUGAGGUUGGCCGGGUCGGCGGCCGAGGGGGCCCCCGGGGCAGUGGCUGAGGGGCCACCUUCCUCAGAGCUGGGCCCCCUGGCUGAACUGUUUGAGUCCCGGGGGAAAGGCCAAGUCCGCCCCAUGAAUGCCAGGCACCUGCCACUCAGUUUCUGGAUGGAGCCGGACCCCCCAAACCCUCAGGAUGGGCACACCCCACCACGGGACACCCAUGCAAACUACAGCCUGCACACGCUGGAAAACUCCCAACCGGACUUUAGCGACCUGCUGGCCAACUGGGACCCCAACCCGGAUGACGCCAACGUGCUGCAGUGA